AAUUAUGUCAGCAGAGCUAGUGGAGAAAGUAUUCAAUCAAGUGCUGCCUGUAGACAAGUACAUCCAGGACCUAAGAACAGGUCUUGACAGUCUUGGUCUUGUUCAGCUUGUUCAAGAACUGCCAGCUGUUAUUCACCUGUUCACACCUCAACAGUCGAAUCCUUUAACGGUGAAGAUGUUGACACACCUAUUGAACCCACAGUUUAGUGCUGAAGGGUCAAACAGAAGACAGAGAGAGAAUUCCACAUACAAGUUGUUCAUCAAAUACAUGCGUGAAGCUGCAAGUGGAAGACGAGGUGCUGUAAAUCUUGGGAGCAUAUUAAGGUUUGCCACUGGUACAGAGGAGGAACCUGCCUUGGGCUUUGCUCUUCAGCCUUCCAUUCAAUUUAUGGAAAGUGCUAAUUUCCUGCCCACUGCAAAUACCUGCAUAAACAGAAUGAAUUUAUCAUUGCCAGAUGAAAGUAAUCCACUACCACUGCAAGAGGAACUGUUCAAUUUGUUUGAUCUAGCAUUUUGUAACACAUUCUUUGGUUUAGAAUAAAAAAUGACAUUCACAUAUAAUUAUACCCCCAUUACCAUUGGUAAUAGAGGCUAUAUAGGAGUCACUCUGUCGGUCAGUCGGGCUGUCACAAAAUUUCAUCCAAUCUUCACCAAACUUGGUCACAAGUUGUAUCUAGAUGAUGUCUAGGUCAAGUUUGAAUAUGGGUCAUGCCAGGUCAAAAACUAGGUCACGGGUCACUUACUGCGUUUUAAACCGAAAGUUUGUCCGGACCAUAACCAUGUCAUUUAUCAUUAGAUUUCAAAAUCACUUGGUACAUUUGUUCACCAUCAUAGGACGGUGUGUCAUGCAAUAGAAGGACGUCGAUGUCUCCAAGGUCAAGGUUACACUUUGAAUUCAAAGGUCAAGUCGGUCGGU